AUGUCCAGGAAGGGGCCCGGCGGCCGAACCAAAGGGGAGCGGCUGGAUGCCAUGGCAGCCCUGCAGGCAGCCAAUGAGGAGCUAAGGGCCAAACUCACAGAGAUCCAAAUUGAACUGCAACAGGAAAAAAGCAAGGUGAGUAAGCUGGAGCGGGAGAAGACACAGGAGGUGCGUCACGAGCAGCAUAAGUCAGCAGUGGUAGUAACUGAAUUACGGGCGAAGCUUCACGAGGAGAAACUGAAGGAGCUCCACGGCGUUAGGGAAACAUUGCUCCGUCAGCAUGAAUCUGAACUGCUGCGGGUAAUCAAAAUCAAAGACGGCGAGAUUCAACGACUACAGGCACUCGUCAACGCACUACGAGAUGGAUCCACAGACAAGGUGAAGUCUGCACUGAUGACGGAGGCUCGGGAGGAGGCCCGAAGAGGGUUCGAAGGCGAACGCAGCCGUCUGCAGCAGGAGAUCCUGGAGCUGAAGGGGGUAAAACGGCAGAUGGAGGAAGCUCUGAGUUUGGCGGUGCAAGCCGACAAGAUCAAAGCGGCAGAGAUCCGCAGCGUGUACCACCUCCACCAAGAGGAGAUCAACCGAGUGAAGAGAGAGUGUGAGAGAGAGAUCCGUCGACUGAUGAAUGAGAUUAAGCUAAAGGACCGAGCGUUGGCUGGUUUGCAGAGAGAGUUGUGUGUUCAGACGGCUCACACGCGGACGCUGCAGCUAAAGCUGGCUGGGGAAGACCAGCACUCCCCCGACAAAGAGGCCAGCCCAAAACGCCAGGCCCCUUAUUCACGCGGUGCAGGAGACACCCCAUCUCAACCCUCUGCCAGUCCUGAACAGCAGUUGGACGAGAAGGAUGCGAGACGCUUCCAACUGAAAAUUGCAGAAUUGACUGCCAUCAUACACAAGCUGGAAGACCGUAACGCUCUCUUGUCUGAGGAGCGCAAUGAACUGCUCAAGCGACUGCGGGAAGCGGAGAGUCAAUAUAAGCCAUUACUGGAUAAGAAUAAACGUCUGAGUCGUAAGAACGAGGAGCUGGCCCAUGCUUUCAAACGCAUGGAGAACAAAUUGCGCUUCGUCACACAAGAGAACAUAGAAAUGAGGGAGAAAGCAGGGACGUUGCGAAGGCCCAGCUCUCUGAAUGAUCUGGACCACAGUCAGGAGGAGAGAGAGAUGGAGUUCCUCCGUCUGCAAGUCCUUGAACAACAGAACAUCAUAGAUGACCUGUCUAAGGCCCUUGAAACAGCUGGAUAUGUGAAGAGUGUGAUAGAGAGGGACAUGUUAUUAAGGUACAGGAGACAGGACAGUGGCCGCAGGAGGAAAGCAAUAAAACCCUGUAAGCCAGUGAUUGAGACGUUUUUUGGCUACGAUGAAGAAGCAUCUCUGGACUCAGAUGGCUCAUCCAUUUCCUACCACACAGACAGAACUCCCUGUACUCCAGACGAUGACUUGGAGGAGGGUAUGAUUAGGGAGGAAACAGAGUUGAGGUUUCGCCAGCUGACGAUGGAGUACCAGGCUUUGCAGAGGGCAUACGCUUUGUUGCAGGAGCAGGUCGGUGGCACCUUUGAUGCAGAGAAGGAACUCAAGACACGAGAACAACUGCAGACACAGCUUGUGCGCUACCAGAGCAGAAUAGCAGACCUUGAGAGCGCUCUGUCUCAACAAGGCCAGGAUAUGAAGUGGAUAGAGGAGAAACAAGCUUUAUAUCAGAGGAACCAGGAGCUGGUUGAAAAGAUUAAACAGAUGGAUACAGAGGAGCUGCGUUUAAAACAUGAAAUUCAGGACGUUAAAGACCAAAAUGAACUCCUUGAGUUUCGCAUUCUUGAACUUGAAGAGAGAGAAAGAAGAUCUCCAGCCAUAAACUUCCAGACCAUACACUUCACAGACAGCAUGAGCCCGCUGCAGAUCUACUGUGAGGCGGAGGGAGUCACUGACAUUGUCAUAGCAGAGCUGAUGAAAAAGCUUGACAUUCUGGGGGAUAACGCCGUAAGUAAUCUCACCAACGAGGAACAAGUGGUGGUUAUUCAUGCACGGACCGUGCUAACCUUAGCGGAAAAGUGGCUGGAACAAAUUGAGGUCACCAAGUCAGCUUUGCAACAGAAAAUGCUGGACAUUGAGAGUGAAAAGGAACACUUUAGUAAACAAAAAGGAUAUUUAGAUGAGGAAUUGGAUUACAGGAAACAAUCUAUGGAUCAAGCCCAUAAGAGAAUCCUGGAGUUGGAGGCAAUGUUGUUUGAUGCGCUGCAGCAGGAGGCUGGUGCCAAAAUGUCUGAGUUGUUGUCUGAGGAGGAGAGGGAAACUCUGAGACACGCUGUGGAGCAGUGGAAGAGACAAGUGCUCAGUGAGCUGAGAGAGAGAGAUUCUCAGAUCCUCAGAGAGAGAAUGGAGCUUCUACAGCAUGCCCAGCAGAGAAUCAAAGAGCUAGAAGAAUGGAUAGAGGGACAGAAACGACAGAUAAAGGAACUAGAGGAGAAGUUUUUAUUUUUAUUUUUGUUCUUUUCUCUAGCUUUCAUUCUUUGGUCGUAG